GUAUAAAACUGUAUCACUCUCUUCACUUGACAAAGGAAACCCUUUCUGAAUAAUUUGCCAUGUCUCUGAAAAUGUUUCAAAUUUUGGCGUCUGCUCUGCUGUUUACAGCUUCUGUUUUGAGUGUCCUUGGAGCACCCUUUCUGACAGAAGAAUCAGCGAAUCAAUUCAUGCGGCUCAAACGACACGUACCAUAUUCUCCAAGCUACUGGGACUCAGACAGCAGCCAGAACACGUGGGCAUACACUGUGGCUGAACAGAUUAGUGAAUCAUGGGCAGCUUUGAGGGAAACAGCACAAUACUACAUGGACUUGGACCCUUUUGCCUUUGAUCCUUCGAGAGCUGUCAGCAACAUCAGAUCCUACAUGGAGCAACUACAGCAGUCCGGGACUCUUCUCCAGCAACAAGCUAUUAAAUCCUACACAUCUUGUAUCUGGCGAUGUUAGGAUAUAGCAUGUUAUGUAUUUGCCAUUAUGUAUUUCAUAAGAUGACUUUAUCUCAUCCCACUUGGGUCUAAACCUAAAAUUAACACACUAAUUCUAUGUAUAAAUACUGCAUAUUUUAUAUUCAUAAGUAGAACUGAGAUGUAGGUCGUGGUAAAUUGAAUAAGAAGUUGAAGAAAACCAACCAUGAACUUUUAGCAGGUUGGGUUUGAAAAUACCAAGUGUUUUCACGUAAAACAUUAUUUUGACUAAACAAUUAUUUGAAGGCAUGCAUUCCUGCUUCUGUGACUGAAAACCACAUUUUUAUUUCUCAGUAUUUUCCUUAAACAUUAAACAUUUUUGAGAGGUGAAUAAGUAAUGAAAACCCAUCACUUUGGAUGGAUGAGAGAAGUAGAGCACAUUUGCUUCAGGUAUACCUCUGUAGUUCAAGUGCAUUUCCAUUUUUUCAAGUACUAGUAGUAGGUGUUGUAGUACACUUUCAUUUGUGUCAACACUUCUCUUUCCUCAUUUAAUCUGCUGUACUUGGUCUCAAAUGCCAAAGUGAACUGAACUCAUAGCUAUUACUGUGAGUUGUUUUUUCUUACUCCACAGAAAUAGGAAAUGGUAGAAACAUUCACGGCUCCUUUUCUAUAAAGAAAAUGGUGGUGACAAAUGUUCUUUAUGUUCUUGUGCUUGGAAGUUUCCUGGUUCCUAUUAAUUAAUAUACCUUAUUUCAGAACAUCUUUGAAGAGAGGAUGAGGCUUCUAUGUUUCUUUUAUAUGUUAUUAAUAUAAUGCUAGCAAUUAAAAGCUUUUUCAAACUUGGUCAAAAUUCCUGUAUGAAUAAAGAUGACCUGUUGAGGAAAACAAAAUGUAUGGUAACCUAAUGGCAGGGUAGGUCAAGGAAGGAAACUUUUACUUGCUUUUUGUGCAAAAAGAGCAGUUUCUUCAUGCUGUGCUUUCAGGAUUCUUUGUGAAUAUAGACUGUACACUAACUGGAACAAAUUUGAAGAUAAUGUUGGAUCUUCUAGAAAGAAAUCCACAUUCUGGCUUUUUAGCAAUCUACCAUGCUUCUAGGUAUGAAACUAUCCUUAGGCCAUUAUUAAUUUCCCUGCAUAGGACAAUGGGCCUGAAAUUGCCAUUAUUCGUUAACUGAAGCUGAAAAUACAUUAAACACUUGAAAGAGAUAAAUGAGGUGCAAGUUCAGUGUUUGCCAUGUAGGAUUUUAGAUCUUUAGUCACACUACUUAAUUAUGAACAGUUCAUUCAAAGAUAAGGGGUGACAAGUGAUGUAUAGUCUAAAGACCUCACUUGUUAAACACAGUCGUGGCCUGUCCUUGCUGCCUGCCUUCUCUGCACUGGUCAAUUUUGGAUAAGCUAGGGCUCCAGACCCAAAAGAUUCCAGUAUUUUCCUCAGCAGCAGUACAGACAUGAUGGAAUUACUGAAACUCUUCAAUUUAUAGCAAAAUGCAGGACUGUAAGGAUAAGCAUUGCCUUUUAUUUUAAGUGGAUAUGCAUUACAACUGCAAGGAUGCACCUGCUCCAGCUGAGCAUCUUGCUGGUCCCAGAGAAGUUGCAACUCUGCAGGCGUUGAUGCUCACACCACUUGCGAACCUGUUCCUGAAGUACUGCUCUUUUCUGCCCAUCUCUCUAAUUGAUGUCAUUUCUGUCAAGGCAGAGGUUUGUGAUCUCUCUGUGCAUAAAUUGCAGUUUUCAUGCCUGCAUGUCAAGUUAAACCAAAAUGGGGGUAGCUCAGGAGCUGGUUUGCAGAUGGACAGUAGACAUCCCUGGAGUGGGGAUGACAAAGUCCAUUAGUGAGGUGGAAGGCAAUGUGAAGUGCUAUCAGCUACUAUCUGCUGUCAGCUAGUGAGGUAACUGCCUAACCCUUAUGAGCCAUUUUAGGGUUGUCAGAGCCAUAAAAUUAGGAUAACCACUGUCUAUUGCCAAGAGGACAGUCUUGACAAAGCUGGCUUUGCGACCAAAAAGUCAGACAAUGCCAGGGGAUGCAAUUUGACAGAUCUGUUGUACUUAGACAUGACUAAUUCCUUUAAAGGAGUUGUUCUGAAAGCCAAAGACUCGAUACUCAAUCUGCAAAUCCAUAGCUUCAAGCUAAUGUCACUAAUUCAGAUAAUUAGUCUUGCUGAAUUAAAUGGGAAGAAUUGUGCACGCAUGAGUAGUGUGGAGGAUGAGGUGCUUAUUUUGUGUUGUCAAAUACAUGCCACUCAUGACAAUGAGCAAAUGGCUUUCACAGCAUUUGAAUAUUAAACUCCUUCAUCUGCAUUUAUUAAUAACAGGGUAAAAUGUUUACUCUGUGAAUUUGCUCCCCAUUUAUCUUCACAUAUUGUUUCAGCGCUUUAACACAAGUAAAGCUGGACCCUUUUCUGCUGACUUUUCCAACACAUCUUUAUGUUUCCACCUACAAGUUUUAUCUCCUUGCUUUUUCUAUGCAGCAGAGCUUUUUCGACACAUGCAAUACCUUAGCAAUGAGAAAAUGAAGGAAUAGUGUUAAACUAAAGAGAACUUCAAGUACAUCUGUGCUGGUUGUGGGAGUGGAAUUACAGGUCUCAGGGCAUUUUGCUUCUGGUGCAACGGAGAGCAGUAUUUAUUAUUAUUUUCUGAAUACUGCAAGUUUUCUUGAGGAAAAAAACCCUAAGCCACACAAAUACCAGAGCUCGCUGAGGCUAGAGAGAACAGAGUUCCUCUGAGAGAGAGGGAACAUGCAGAGAGGAAGAGUAGUCACAGGAAGCUAGAGUCAGGUUUGUCUCUAUAUAGAUGUUAACUGGAUGGAUGAAGAACAUCCACCAGGCAGCCUGAUUUUCCAACUCUUUCUGACUUAUGUGAACACAGUGAUUAGAAUAACAGAAUGACAGAAAUCAGGAUUUCCAGGUGUCUCAUCGCUGAUAUCUAUUUCCAGCAGCAGCUUUUUGCCAGGCAAGGCCCUUACAGGGUAUCCCUCCCACAGGAGUGGCAAGUCAGUCAUGCUGCAAAUCCUUCCUCAGAGCACUUGCCUAUUUCCCCAGCUUUUUGUAUCCCUAAUUUUCCCAAUCUUAGAAGACUCAAACUGCCUUUGCAAUCUUUUCUACUCUGCCAAGUUGAAUUGAAAACAGCCCACAAGUUAAAAAAUUACUGUGGCUAGGCAUAAGGGAUAAACACGUACCUAUGGAGACAACAUGGUUGUAGGAGCCUUGCUUUUUUAGGGAAACAGAGAAGGAAUUCACUGUAGUCAGACAUGACAGGAGAAGUAAGAAGACUGGUCAUUUCAAUAAUAAUUGAAGAAAAAGAUUAGUACUCCACAGCUUUCUUUUAAUGAGAAAAGCAAGUCAUUCUGAACACAAUGAAUAGAAAAAGCUGUAGAAUCCAAGUAACCUAUAUAUAAUCUACAUUACAAGUGUUGAAUGUGGGAUAGGUACUAAGAUACAGUUGUCUAUAAACUCAGCAGGUGAGUAUAUAGAGGUAAUGAGAAAAAACCACUUGUUUUGUGACCUGAAAUGGUUUCUUCAAACAGAACAGUGGCAACUGGUAUUCAAUGAAAGUUCUAUGCACUGCUUCAUCACUGUUGUAGUUCAUGUGACUGAACCUGGUCCCAGAUAAUUUUAAUGCAUAAACCUUUUGAGCUUGUAUCACACUGAUAUUGUGCCUUGCUUUACAUUUGAUCUUCUGUUGUCUUAAUUUAAACCAGAACAGCUGAGACAAAAUGCUCAUCUAAUCUGCACCUGCUGCUGGCUGCCAGCAAGAGUGAGCUGUGUUCAAAGCAAUUUAUGUUGGCUGAUUAAGUAUAUAAACCACCCACCUGAGGCAGGUGCAUUGCCACAACCACUUCAUGUAGAUUGUGAAAUAAAUUGUUAGUGUUUUGCACUAGAGAACAUGAGCUCAGUAGUUAAAAUAUAAACAUGGAAAGUUAUCCAAAAAGCAAAAAGUUCAGCCAGGAAAUAAGCAGUCUUUGUAUGUGACUAUUAAGUAAACAAACAUCAAUAAUUACUAUUCUGCCUCAAAGACUGUUGAAGAGAUAUGAAUUUCAAUUUUCUACCAGCUGCUAAAAAGAGGAGCAAUUCCUUCUAUGAGAGAUAAGUGGUAUCAAGCUGGAUAUCUGUAAAGGUGAUCAACGCAAGGCAACACAGGAAAUAUCUGUUCCUUUUGAGCCCGAGCCCAAGCCACAUCCCACUGCAGCACUAGGCAGGCUGAGAGCUGCAGCUGACUGCCUUAGAGAUAGAACAAGUACUCAUUGAGACUCAUAAUGCAAAUUUAAUCACCGCCUCCCAAGGGGAGCAAGGUUUCCCUAUGCCAAUGUCAAUCCAGACAGGGACAGGGAGACAAGAAGGGACAGAAAGAUGAAUUUCAGCCCUCUAGGGUAAACUCCUAAAAGCUUCUUUCUCUAUGAGGCAUCACAGGAUAGUCAGCUUGGAGUGACACUUUCUAUUCACCUCCUUAUUCCUGGUCAUAGCAGCCACUGCUAAGGUGAUUUCAUGCCAGUCACUGCCUCCGUGGCAGAACUGAAUAAGUAUGUGAAAUCCCAUCUGAAUAAUUCAGCUAUGUUCUGCUUGUGAUUGAAAGCUGCUGUGCAGCGGGGAGCUUACUCAAGGAAGGCUUAUAAAACAUCCUUACAACUGCUGUCAAUCCUAUUAUCAUAAAUGCAAGGCCGGACUGUGCAAGGUGCAAUGAGAAGGCAGUUAUUGUAACAUCUUCAAAAUGAAGGUAGGACUAUCUGAGCGCAAGAAAACAAGCACAGAAAGAAAGUGACAAAAAAGAAAACCGUGGAUGGUGGCAAUGGCUGCCUAGCAGUGAAAAACAACUGAUUUGGUAGUUAUUUAGAAGAAAUACUUAAAAAAGAUAUUAUUUGUAACUUCAAACUGGCUUUAGUUGAACAGAGCACUGAGAACUAUAAAGUGCUGCUUCCUCUUGGUGUCUCUGUUGAAAUAUUUAUGGUGCUACCCUUGCUGUGGAGUUCAGGCAGGAGGCUCACUGCCAAAAGAUCUAACACAAGCUUCCUGAUGGCCUGGGACCUAUACAGCCCCACAUUAAAAUGUGGGCAGGAUGCAGUCUGAAUUUUCCAGUGGUAUCUCAUAAAGCAACUACAUUAUAGCAAAGCUACAUGUGCUGACUUGUGGUUUUUAAAUUUAGAGGACUUGCAGUAAUGAGGAAGAGCCUAUUUAAAACAUUUCAAUAGUGAACUUAAGAGGAAUAAAAAUUUAAAAACCCCAUGAUUUUACUCAUAAAUCAUUUGAAACAGUUACCUUUUGCUAAGUGUACAAACAAUUCAAUAUCAUACUUUGUGGAUAACAGAAAUAAUUUUUCUACAAAUAAGAAAAUAACCUCCCUUUUCAUUAUUCAGGAUUACAUGGUUUCAUACUCCUUUCUCAUCCUCUCCGCCCCAAGCUAAAAUCUAUUUUCAUUCUCUUAAUAAUUGCCAGAGGAUUAAAUCUAGCUCAAGUACAACUACAGGUACUGUUUAUAGGAACCAGAGAUUACUCUGUGCCUCACUAAAAUGUCCAGGUUACCUUGAUCUGUCAAGUCAACUGGAUCAGGAACAGCAUAUGCAGCAGCAAUUACAAAAGAAGAGAUUUACAAAAAAGUACUUUCUCUUGAAAUUAUAAUUUUUGUAAUUUAGGCAUGCUAGUCUGAUACCAGAAAAGAAGGCUGAAGGAUUUUGAGAGAAUUGCUCAUCGGAUAGACCCCUCUUUCCCACAGUGAAAGCUUUGAAGCUACGUUAUUAAUGGGAGCAGUGACAACUGAGGACAGGAUCCUAUUUGACAAGAUUUUUCUUGUCAGUUCUUAAAUAACAUGUUAAAUUUCAUGGUGGAAAUGGAGGGGCAGUUACCAACAUAUGCUGAAAAUUUACUCACACCCUCCUAAAAUCAGCUUCUGAAAGAACUAUUAAUGAGUAAUAGAGAUUUACGCAGAAGAAGACUGCAUCACCUACAGUGUAGCCAGUUGAUUAGAAGAAAUGAGUCAGGAGAACCAGGAACAGAUAACUGUAUCUGUUUCAGAAGCUCACUAGACAGCCUUGGCAAGCCAAGUUUUCUCAGAAUCUUUUUCAAAUUGAACUAAUGUGCCCUGAAUUCUGCUAGCUUGAGACUGCUGUUAAUAUCCAGUUGUCUGGAAUGGGAACUCUCAGAGAAAUGUUUUGAAACUGUCAGUUCUGGUUCUGAGCAAGGAUUGAAAGUAGCUCAUCUGUGUCAAUAAAUUGGCUGGCAAAGA